CUCAUCCUGAAUAGUACGCCAUUUCCUCUUGGCUUCGAUAAAGGCAACGGUUUGAUGGAGUUAGUCAUCAAACGUAACAUGAUGUUACCCACCAAAAGGGUUUCGGGUACGAGUUGUGCACAACAAUAAACUUGGACGAAUCUCAAUACCAGUACCGGCAGCUCCACGACGUGUUCCUCAGGUCGAGGUCACAUUUGAUGUCGACGCCCAGGGCCGUGUGAAUGUGACAGUACGGGACCGAUCCACUGGUACAUCAAAAACUGCUAGCCUUGAAGCCUAUGAACGCUUGGGUCGCGACGAAAUCGAGAAAAUGAAGGCUGAGGCUGCGAUCUUUACGGCGAAUGAGAAUGCUGAAAAGAAGCGCAUUGGCGCAAGAAAUAAGCUAGAGGAAGCGGCGCUAGAGAUAAGACACCACGAGCUUCUUUCACAUCCAUCGGGUUCAGUGGUUACACAAAUGCGAAGAAUCGUUGAUGAGGUUCUAGAAUGGUUAGAAGAAACCGAACACGCCGACAUCUUUGAGUAUCAGAGCAAGCACUCCGAUUUUGAGCGGGUUGUCGCAAGUUUUAUUAAAAAAAUGGACAAUAAGAGAGGAACCUCAUGAUGAAUCGGCGGAUACAGAUACGACCAAAGUCGACAAGGUCCACGAGCUGCCCACGGAUGAGAUGACUGGCACUGUGUCAUUUGAUUUUCUUAGAGGCAACCCUAUGUCUUCCAGCUUCAAAAAUAUCUCAAGCAGCUACUGUAUCUGCAAGAAAC